AGAAGUCGUUCGCGAUAACGACGAGAGACAUUCCAGUUGAUAAGAUGUUUAUGUUCUGUCGGACCGUAUUUUGUUUGAUUUUGUUACUUAUAUUUGCUCUCAGAUAUGUUAAGGGAAACUCGGGAUAUGCUGUUCAUCUUGGAUUCAACAACUAUAGCUCAUUGGACUCAACCCAUCAAGAAACUAAGCGUUCACUAUGUUCCAAGCCGUGUUUCAGUGAAGGAUGCUUCUCUUCUGAGUUUGUCCCUUAUGGGAAUGAGACGGGCUGGUUGGCAGUGUACAGCAGCAGAGGGCCUUCUGUUCAUGAUGCCAGUGCAGCUGCUUUGACUGACAGGGUGCAGAUUGGAAAGCCCCUCCUCCUGGAAGUCUCAGGCAUACCGAAUCUGAGCAAAGAAAACAUUUCCAUGGUUUUCAUUACAUUUAGUGGGACCUCUGAUCCUCAGGGCUUGCAUGAUGUGUCUUUUAUGGCCAACAGAUACUUUACCUGCUACAUAGAUGCAAUAUUACCUACUGCUGGAUUGUACCAUUUAAAUGUGACCAUGACGAACAGUAUCUACACUCAUUCUACCAGCUGGCAGAUUAGAGCAUGUCCCUCUGGGACUGAGUACUUGAAUCUCAUGUUGUCCAAGAAAGAUCGGGAUAUCCCAUCCUGUGCCCCUCUACCCAUAGAUACAGAGGACGAGCAGCAGGAUAAAGCCUCAGCCAAAUCCACAGACAGUCACAAGCAAGCUGUCUGGAUUUUUUCUGAUAAACGGGCAUAUGCAACACAGACAGACAUCACAUUUGUAGCAGUAACAGAAGCACCUGAUCCUCUAUACUUUCAUUGGAGAUUUGGGGAUGAACCUGAAAUUAAAACAACAUCCAGAAUCUUAAAAAAGAGAUAUCGCCUCCCAGACAAAUACAAUGUCACUGUCAGUGUGUCUAAUGGCCUUACGUCCAUCAGCUCAGAUGUUUAUGCUGUUGUGAUUCAGAGAGCUGUGCAGCCCAACAGGCUUCUCUACAGUCCCUCAGUUUUAUCAAACCGCUCUGUAAUCACCUGCCGGAUCAGCUCAGGAACUGAUGUCUCUUAUCUUUGGAAUUUUGGGGAUGGAACAGAGCGAGACGGAUCAAGCACUGAGCAUCAUGUCUUUAACAGAACUGGAGAGUACAUAUUAGAGGUUAUUAUGUCCAACCUGGUGAGCUCAGCCUCUUUAACAGGGCACAUCUUUGUUGUUGAAGAAUCCUGUCAGCCUCCUCCGGUGAAAAACAUGGGCCCAAAUAAAAUACAGGUGUGGCGGUAUCAAAAUCUCCAUCUUGCUGUGACGUUUGAGGCUCAGAUUCAGUGUAAUGUCUCCAGAGGUCUCCUGUAUAGAUGGACUAUAUAUGACAUGAGCGGACGACCUCUGCUCCUCCCACACAUAGACACGGGACGGCAGUAUAUUGAUCUUCCAAAAUACCUCCUUCAUUAUGGAACAUAUAAAGCUAUUGCAAAGGUCCAGGUAUCUGGUAAUGUGGUGUACAGCAACUACAGUGUUUUAAUUGAAGUGGUGCGCAGUCAUCCUGUCAGUGUCAUCAGUGAAGCCACAAAUAUUUUCAUCAGUCGUCAGAGCGGCAUCAUUGUUACUCUGGAUGGGCGAAAAUCACAUGACCCAGAUUACCCCAAUAAUACUAUAAGUUACAGCUGGUCAUGCAGGCCAGACACAGAAGAGAGCAGCUGUUUCAACAUGAACAUCGUGACCACUUCAGCAGUACUUACAUUUCCCGCUCUUGCCUUAAAACCUGACUUUGACCUGCUUAAAUUCACUCUCACUGUGUACAGUGGCCAUCGGUCUUCUUCAUCUGAGAUGUUCAUCACUGUAACAUCAAAACGUGUCAGUAACAUUCAUAUGUCUUGUAAAGAUUGUGGAGAAAAUUCAGUGAACUGGAAUGAGCAGUUUUCUGUCUCUGCUCUCUGUGAUGAUUGUGGUUUCAAUGCAAAAAAUGUCACCUAUUACUGGAAACUUUACCUUGUUAAUGCCUCGAGCAAAGCUGUUUCAGAGAUUCCGUUCUGCAGUAGUAUGGAUCUAGAUACUGACCUUACAGCCCCAGUUACACAAGAUACUCUGACUUCAAUGAUGCAUACGAAACGCCAUAACAUUAAUGUACACACGCUAAUUGAAAGUCCCAGCACAAACAACAUGCACCACCGUGCAGCAUUUCCAACUAUCAUACCUUCCUUCCCUGGGGAAACAGAGUCGUCUGGGGGUCAAUGGGAGUAUCAUGGGUCUUCACCAGUCCCAGAUAAGGUGUCAUUGACUGAUGUGAUCUCAGAGUAUGAUUACUAUAAUUUUGGCAUUGAAGAGGCUGAUCCUGGUGUUCCUGUCGGCAGACCUACAGUUUCUGAGCAGACCCUGCUGGAUCUGGACAGACAGCUCAUUCAUCAGUCUGUGUUUGAGUCUUACACUCUCACAGGAUUAUCUUCUUCGGUUGUCACAUUUCAACCCUUCAUGCUUAAACCAAAGAGUCUUUAUUUGCUUGAAGUGUCUGCAAGUUCUGAGGAGCGGCUACAAGGGAAAAGCCAGCUGUUUUUCCACACACAAGCUGUUCCGGAGGGAAUGAGCUGCCAAGUGCAGCCCAACACAGGCUCUGAAAUCCACACUCAUUUCAGCGUCUUCUGCUCCUCUGGAAAAGAGGAUCUCUUGUAUGAGUACAGUUUCAGUGUGGGAAACACUGAGAGGAAACUCCUUUACAAAGGCAGGGAUUUCCAACAUUACUUUAGUCUUCCUAGUGGCGAUUCUAAUGACGAUUACAAAGUCACAGUCUAUAUUGAAAUAAAGAACCGAUUUGGAGCAGCAACCAAACCAUGUCCUGUGACAGUGACUGUUCAUCCAAGCUUUCAGAGAAACUCAUCCUCCCAGCCCAGCCCUGAUCAAGAAUUGUACAUGUAUGGAAUAGGUAACCUAACCGGUCUGAGUAAGAUUGGAAGCAACAGAGACAUCAUCAACUAUAUCUCUCUUUUGACCACGGUGCUGAACCGCUUGAGUCUGGAGCCGGAGUCUUCUGUCGAGCUUCUGACUCUCAUACGCGCUGCCCUCAUUUCAGUGGCCUGUCAGCUGUCCAUCACUGACAAGGGAGAUUUAUUUGAUAUAAUUUACGGGCUUACUGAUUUGAUAAGAAUCUCUAGUCAAGUGACAUUUCACAGUGCCAGAGAAGUAAUCCAGCAUGUUCACAACAUCCCAUCCCGCUUACAUGAGUCCAAGCCUCCAGCAGGUCAUAUAUUGGACAUUGGGAUGGUGAAUGCACUGGUAUCUCUCCUGUCUGGUGUGUUGGAGGCUCCAGUGCUUUCUUCAAGACCAGGACACCAACUCAUAAACAAAGUGCUUUACACCAUCACUAAUUUAGUACUGGAGUGUAUGCUAUCCAGCAAUGUCUUGCAGUACAAUGUGAACACUACUUUUAUGGAAGUGUUAGCAUGGAAGAAUGGCCAGUCUUAUUCUAUGGUGAAAACAUUUGGCCUCACUACGUUCCACCUCACUGAUUUCCUCGAGAUGCAAUUUCAGCAAUGGAGCAGCAAUAGCAAGCACAAGCCAUGCAUCAUUACCUGGCUCACAGUGCACAGGCAGAGCCCAUACCGCUGGUCCAGAGCCAUGCAGUUCAGUGGAGAGACGGCAGACAUUCGGCUCUACAACUGCACCACUAGGAAGGAAAUCAAAGUCCGACAUCUAUCCACACCAGUUACCAUUGAGUUUCUGAGAAAAGAGGGGACAAAACAGAGCAGACAUACAAAGUUCACUCUUUUGCGCAGUCAGGUGAACAGUCACCAGUUCAACAUCACGUCACAGACCCUUCAGAGAGCCUUUCAGAUCACUGUGCAGUUUAACAGGCCAGCUGAACGCCCCUUUCCCAUCCUGCUGCUGCUUAGGAUGUACGAGCAGCCGACACCUAAUAAGUACAGCGAACAGAAAAUAUAUCACUGGAAAGGACAGACAGCUCACAUCUUCCUCCCUCAAUCCUAUUUACAUGCUACUGGUGCUGUUUACCUGAUGCUUCUCAAUGCAGACUAUAAUAAAAGCCCCAGCAACAAGUACAUAGCCAGAGCUGUGAACUACACGCUUAGCAUUGAGUCUGUGGAGUGUCUUUCCUGGGAUGGUGUGAAAGAGUGGAAGCCCAGGGGCUGUUUUUCUCAUGGUGGUGUUUCCCCAGACAAGAUCUACUGCAGUUGCAGCCACCUGGCAUCAUUUGCAGUAUCGCAUGAGAACAUCAUAAGCAGCUUCAACUCGGCAGAUGUUUCACAAUUUAUCCACUCCAAAACCAACUACAUACUGAUCAUUUUGUCAGUAAUAUUUCUGGCUGUCUAUGUGGUGGUGUUGCUCUUCUGUAGGAAGGCUGAUGUUUCCAUACAGAAAACUACAGGCUCAUUCCUGCUUCCAGAAAACAAUCCCUCAGACAGAUUCCUCUAUGCUGUCACUAUAGAUACAGGCUUUAGAUCUAGAACCAGAAUGACAGCAAAGGUUCACAUUGUUCUAUAUGGAGAUGAUGGUGUCUCUCAAACCAGGGAACUCAGCAGCUCUGACUCCAAACUCUUUACAUGCAACUCAAGGAACACUUUUAUUCUGAGCUCCCCAGAAAGUCUGGGUCGAGUAUUGAAGGUGCACCUUUGGCAUGAUAAUGGAGGUUCAUCUCCCAGCUGGUACCUGAGCCACGUGGUGGUAAAAGACUUGGUGCAGGGGUCCAGCUGGUUCUUCCUGGGCCAGUGUUGGCUGGCAGUGGAUGAGGGAGAUGGAAGGGUGGAGAGGAGUUUAGCUGCUUCUGAAUGCGGUCUGACAUUUAAACAGUUUCUAUAUUUGAAACUCACAGAAUACCUGGAAGACUUUCACCCGUGGCUGUCAGUGUACAGCCGUCCGUCUUUCAGCUCUCACACACACACUCAGCGUUGGAGUGUGUGUCUGCUGCUCCUGCAGGGCUACAUGUGUGUCAGUGCAGUGCUCAUAAAUCUUUUGGAAGAACAGUGCUUUUUAGAGAUGGGCCUUAUUGAUGUUUCACCGGUUUCCAUGGUAACAGGCCUGUGCGGUGCUCUUGCUGUGGUGCCUGUGGGGGGUCUGGUGUCCCUGUUGUUCCGUGUCAGCAAGACCACAUCCCGUAGUGUGUCUGGAGACCAGUAUAAGGUCAAGGUGCCUGAUGUCUACUCUGUAGAAGAUCACCAUGAUGCACUUCUAAUGAAUGAUUGUACAUUUGAAUCAUAUCUGUCCUGGAAUACAGUUUCCCACUGGACUCAAAGCUCUUGGAAAAAAGAGUAUAAGUACGGUACUCAGGAUUGGAAAACCUCAGAUUCAAUGUCUACGUCAAAACUUCAAGAGGAUCCUGACGCCAUCUUAGAGGCUGUGGAAGAUUUAAUGUGUGACGUCAACAACAGAUCACAUGACAAAUGCAAAUGGAAUGAGACUGAUUUCAAAUCGCACACCUCUGCAGAGAAGCGGCAGGUUUGUGGUGGUAGAAUCCAAAAUCUUCAAUCCUGGUGUUAUUACGUGGGCUGGACCCUGUGCUUGACUCUCUCUCUUACAUGCGUCCUCAUCACAGGAACUCUUGGAGUAAAGUUCAGCAAAACAAAGACUCUUCUGUGGACUCAUUCUGUCUUCUUUUCUCUUGUCUGCUGUGGCUUUGUACUGCAUCCAGCAAUGAUACUCAUAGUUGCUGUCACAGUGUCUCUGCUGCAUCGAAAGAGGCCAAACUGGUUCCACGGUCUAAGUGUAACCGAGACUGUCACUGAGUUAUUGAAACACGGGGGGCGAAAAAAUGAGAAUGUCUUUGUUAGCAAAUGCCUGCAGUCCCAUUUUGAAAAGGUGCUCGCUGCCCGUCAGAGAGCCAGGUAUCUGCGUCUAGUGCGGCCACCGAAUUCAAGAGAGUUGAAGUGUGUGAGACGCCAGAUCAAGAAACAGACUCUCCUUUACAAAACCACAAGGGAUUUGAUGUUACACCUAAUCAUGCUGUCGAUGAUUCUAUUUGUGACUUAUGGAAAGUCUGCCAAUGACUACAAGUACCAUUUGAAUCAGGCUAUCAAAGCUCAUUUCACAAAGAGCCCACAAAAUUCAUUUCACUCCAUCCAAAAACAUGACGAUUGGUGGAAAUGGACAACAACCACUUUCCUAGAGAGACUAUAUGACAAUGCCAACUGCCAUGAUAAAGGAAUAGAAAAUGAAACAGGAGAUUUCAGAGGUGCUUAUUCUCUUAUUGGGAGUCCAGUCAUUAGAAAGAUCAAGAGCACAUACAACUCAUCAUGCCAGAUCUUGAAUUUGUUGGGCAAGAACAAUAUGAAAUGCUCUGAUAACCAAUCUGUGGCAAAGAGACACUCACUUUGUGGAAAACUUGGGUGUUAUGAGGGAGAAAGAGUGAGUGUGAGCCUGGGAAAAACAAGGUUCAAAGCAAUCAAGUCAAUUAAAAAACUUCUGGAUACAAGCUGGAUGACACCAUUCACCCAAAUUGUGACGGUCCAAUUUAUCCUGUACAACGGGCCCAGUAACCUCUUCACGUCAGUCACUAUUCUAGUAGAGCAAACCUCAACAGGAGCUCUGAUACCCUCAGCAAGUGUUCAGUCCACUAGACUCUACCAUUUCCCAGCUGCCCUUGACUACGGUGUUAUGACCUGUGAGCUUCUUUUCUUUUCAUUCAUCCUGCUUCAUAUGUAUUGGCAAAUAUAUAUUAUCACUCAAAGAGGAUGGCUUUACUGGAGAAACAUUUGGAGCUGGCUAGAGGUGGCAGUUAUCAUCUGCAGUCUUUUACGAUAUACCUGCUCUGUAUACAACUUUAUGCUAAAAACAGAGAUGAUUGACUUCCUGCAGAAGGAGGAUUUUAAAUUACCUGUUGAUCUAAGCCCCAUCUUCUUUUGUGAGCAGCUUUCUCAGUCACUCCUUGGUGGUGUUGUGAACUUGCUCCUUCUGAAAAGUGUGUCCUUACUACGGCUAAACAAAGCAGUAGCAGCAGCUGUGUCUACUUGGAAUCUGAUCUUCUCCAACCUGCUUUGGUUACUGGCAUCUGGUGUUAUUGUCGCAGUGGCCCUCUCCGGUCUCCGCAACCUGAUCUUUUAUUCAUUCCCAUUUACUGGUAUCACUAGAUCUGCUCAUUUGCUCUUCACUCAUUUCUUUAGCUUGAGCCCCUUUAGUAACAUUUACCUUCAAACCCAAGUCCCAUCAGCACUUUAUUUUGGAGCUAUAUUUUGCACUGUCAUUCCAUUGAAUGCUAUGGUAAUUUCCACCCUUACAGUUUUUGUGAAACAAACAAAGCCAACUAAAAAAAGAAAACAUUUACUGACUGUCUUUGAGCUGAUCUAUUAUGUCAAAGACAUGGCUUUAUUCAUUAUUGGCAAAGCCAGUCACAAGUCAACUGACCAUCAUGUCCACACUAAUAGCUUUUAUUUAGCAGAGUUUGAGGAUCUCAUGGAUGAGCUGUUGUUUCAUCUCUGCAGCAUGUCAGACAGUCUCCACAACACCCUGCCAGCAAAAGAACAUCUAUUUGAAACCCAGAGCAAUGUUUCUUUCCCACUUUCUGAGCACGUCUAUUGCUCAGACUCAGAGAGUGACAAAAGCUGUAUGAAUAGCCAGCCACACAGAAUGGGGAUGAAACACAAAGGAUGCUUGGAUAUGAGUGAUGCCUCAUUUUUGUCAUAUAAGGAAAACCCUCACAGAUUCGCACUUGAACACAGAAUGUCUCAGUGCUUACAAAGCAGAGGAAGAAUGCAGGAGAAGAGCCUUUCAAGAGGGCCGAGGAAUUUCAAAAACCACCUCAAAGAUCCUGUCGGAGAGUCAGAAGAGAUUGGACAGGCACAAAUUCUUUCUUCAAGCAAGCAGAUCCAUUGUGCACCAGCUGAGUGGAAGGGCAUAGUGUCCUCUAAAUCAGCAACACUGCCUGAUCCAAGCAGGGUGGCAGAUGAUGCCCUCAAGACUCAAAUCAUCACACAAAUGAAAAGGCAGACUGUUUUAACCUCACCAACUUGCAAAGUGAACAUGGGUUAUACAGCUCAUGACAAGUCAGCUGGACAGUCAUAUGUGUUUAAAACCUUACCUAUUGAGGGAAUGGACAAUUCUGUAGAAGAUCAAACGGUUAUUCCAGGGUACAUUGAUUGAACAUUGUAUGUAAUACAAGAAAAAAAGAGAUGUUCAGUUUGUACUGAUAAAUUCUGGAAGAGAACCAUUUUCAAACCAUGUGAGUUUCCUCUGAAAUUUCCAACUGGUUUUUAUAAUGGUCAUUUGGCAUGACUUUAUAAAAAAACAUUAAUGUUUUGUUCUUUGAACAACAUUGUUUACACAGUCUUACCUCAAACUUUAUAUUUGAUGUGAAGUUAAAUGCAUAAAGUGCUAAUCCAUAUAUAUUGCCAAUUUUGAGAGCUUUAAGGCACUCCUCAUUUUUAGUUGUUUUAAGGAUUUAAAUAAAAUUUAAUGAGAAACUUGGAGAUGGACAUGGAGAAACUUUAAAGGGUUAGUUCACCCCAAAAUGAAAAUAACGUCAUUAAUUAAUUACUCACUGCCGUUCCACACCCGU